CCCGCCAUCCUCCAGAAAAAAAAAAAAAAAAAGAAGAAAACUUUGAACGCGAGUCUUCGCGCCACUCACUCUGCUCAGGUGUUUGUGGCUGGUGCAGAGAUGGGGGAGAACGGUGUGGUGGCGGUGAAGCUGUGCUACCCGGCGGCGGCCACGGAGGUGACCGCCGCCGAGCUCGGCCACACGGGCGGCUCCAAGCUGUACGACGACGACGGCCGCCUCAAGCGCACCGGGACGAUGUGGACGGCGAGCGCGCACAUCAUCACGGCGGUGAUCGGCUCCGGCGUGCUGUCGCUGGGGUGGGCGAUCGCGCAGCUCGGCUGGGUGGCCGGCCCGGCCGUCAUGCUGCUCUUCUCCUUCGUCACCUACUACACCUCCGCGCUGCUCGCCGACUGCUACCGCUCCGGCGACGAGAGCAGCGGCAAGCGCAACUACACCUACAUGGACGCCGUGAACGCCAACCUGAGUGGCAUCAAGGUCCAGGUCUGCGGUUUCUUGCAGUACGCCAACAUCGUCGGCGUCGCCAUCGGCUACACCAUUGCCGCCUCCAUUAGCAUGCUAGCGAUCAAGCGGGCCAACUGCUUCCACGUCGAGGGGCACGGCGACCCGUGCAACAUCUCGAGCACGCCGUACAUGAUCAUCUUCGGCGUGGCGGAGAUCUUCUUCUCGCAGAUCCCGGACUUCGACCAGAUCUCGUGGCUGUCCAUCCUCGCCGCCGUCAUGUCGUUCACCUACUCCACCAUCGGGCUCGGCCUCGGCGUCGUGCAGGUUGUGGCAAACAAGGGAGCAAAGGGCAGCUUCACCGGCAUCAGCAUCGGCGUGGUGACGCCCAUGGACAAGGUGUGGCGGAGCCUGCAGGCGUUCGGCGACAUCGCCUUCGCCUACUCCUACUCCCUCAUCCUCAUCGAGAUCCAGGACACCAUCAAGGCGCCGCCGCCGUCGGAGUCGAAGGUGAUGCGCCGCGCCACCAUCGUCAGCGUCGCCGUCACCACGCUCUUCUACAUGCUCUGCGGCUGCAGCGGCUACGCGGCGUUCGGCGACGAGGCCCCCGGGAACCUCCUCACCGGGUUCGGCUUCUACGAGCCGUUCUGGCUCCUCGACGUCGCCAACGCCGCCAUCGUCGUCCACCUCGUCGGCGCCUACCAGGUGUACUGCCAGCCGCUGUUCGCCUUCGUGGAGAAGUGGGCGCAGCAGAGGUGGCCCAAGUCGCGGUACAUCACCGGGGAGAUCGACGUCCCGCUCCCCCUCCCCUCCUCCUCCGGCGCCGGCCGCCGGUGCUUCCGGCUCAACCUCUUCCGCCUCACGUGGAGGUCGGCGUUCGUGGUGGUGACGACGGUGGUGUCGAUGCUGCUGCCCUUCUUCAACGACGUCGUCGGCUUCCUCGGCGCGCUCGGCUUCUGGCCGCUCACCGUCUACUUCCCCGUCGAGAUGUACAUCGUGCAGAAGCGGAUACCUAAGUGGAGCACGCGGUGGGUGUGCCUGCAGCUGCUCAGCCUCGCCUGCCUCAUCAUCACCGUCGCCUCCGCCGCCGGCUCCGUCGCCGGCAUCAUCUCCGAUCUCAAGGUCUACAAGCCGUUCGCCACCACCUACUAAUCAAUCGUACACGAUACCACGUCAAUGAUGAAGUACAGAUGAUUGCCUAAUUAAUUGUCCUAAUUAAACAGCCGAAUUAACUAAUUAAUUAGUUAUUAUUAUCACACUUGUGAUUGAAAGGGGAAAAAAAAAGGAAAAGAGAAAUGUGAGACAGAUUGCAUAGAGUGUUGGUAUGCUUUUGUUGCUUGUAUACUGGCUGUAUUAAUUCCACCGAUGCUACUAAUUUUCAUUGUUUCUGGUCCAA